AUGAUGCUACGCGGCCGGGGCGAGGCGUCGCUCAGCGAGGAGCAGCUGCGGGCGCUGGGCAUCGUGACGCGGACCGCGUCGGCCAUGUCGGCGCUGGGCGUGGUGGCCAUCAUCGUCACCUUCUCGCUGUCGCGGCACUUCCGCAACCCCAUGCACCGCCUCAUCUUCAUCAACGCCUUCUACAACGCCUUCGACGUCGUCUGCACCAUGAUCUCCAUCAGUGGGCCCAAGGCCGGCCAGACGUCGCCGCUGUGCCAGUUCCAGGCCUUUCUCAACCAGAUGUUCCCCGUCGCGGACGUGCUCUGGACUCUUUUCAUGGCCGUCAAUGUCUUCCUCAUCGUGUUCCGGAGCUACGACAUUGAGGCCUUGAGAAAGCUCGAGUGGAAGUACAUCGUAGUCGCGAGCAUAGUCACCUUUGUGCCGGCCCUGGCCUUUCUCUUUGUCCGCAACGACGACAAGGGGCCCAUGUACGGCAGCGUGACACUCUGGUGUGCAGUCGCCCCAAGCUGGGUGCUGAUCCGCAUAGUGUGCUACUACGUGCCAAUCUGGACAAUGAUCUUGAUAACCAUCGUGCUGUACUGCCUCGUGGGCAUCGAGAUCGUCAAGCGGCGGCGCGCGCUGCAGUCCAUCACCAGCGACUCGGUGCCGCUCGACGAUACCAUGCGGCCUGCUGGUGCAGCGAGCGAGACGUGGAGCGAAGAUGCCGACACGCAGAACUACUACAGCAGCAACACCACCCCGACGUCGCCCAAAGACGGCACCGCCGACGAGCUGAAACACACGCACGCCCACGCCCGUUUCUCCCCGUGGCCCCGUUUGCACCCGCACCCGCACCCGCACCCGCCGACGCAACCGCUGCCCCCGUCGUCCACGUCGGCGUCGUACUCCAAAUCCUCCACGCCAGCAGCAAUCCUCCCACCCAUGACCACAAGACCACACCAUUCCCAAACACAGGAGCAACCACCCACCACGCCACGGCUCCAACCAAUAAAAUCCUCCCUCUCCUUCCGCCAGUACAUCCUCAUGCCACUGUUCUUCUUCCUCGCACUGCUGUCCGUGUGGGUGGCACCAACGACGAACCGCGUCGCGGCGUUCGCGAACCCGUCGUUCUCGUCGUACCCGCUGCUGCUGGUCGUCGGGGCGACGGGGUCGCUGCGGGGGUUCUGGAACGGCAUCGUGUUUGUGACGAUCGGCGUGAAGUCGCGGAGUACCCGGCGGCGGCAGGAGCAGCGGCGGUGGGCGGUUGAUGAUGAAAGAGGUGGUGGGGUGCUGAGGUGA